AUGACACAACCACAAAACGAGUUAAGUACGUCAACAAACGAUGAAAAGUGCGUAUGUAAGGUGCUUACACGGAGGUUCAGGUUAGUAGACUAUACCGUGAAGAGCAUAACGGGUAAUAACAUUGUUGUAAAGAUGUGGGCUGGAAAGAGUCAGGAGGGAAGUGGGUGCGGGAAGAAAAAUUGUAUGAAUAGAAAGAGAGUUGGAAUGAUGGAGAUAUUGGAUGGUACAGAUAAUGAAGAAAAGAAUGUUUUGAAAGUGCAUGCUGAUGGUAAUAAUGUGGUUGAGAAGGUGAUAGAAACAUUGGAUGGUACAGAUAAUGAAGAAAAGAAUGUUUUGAAAGUGCAUGCUGAUGGUAAUAAUGUGGUUGAGAAGGUGAUAGAAACAUCAACUGGCAAAAAUGACAAAAUUUCUGGGACAAAUGAAGUUUUGAAGGUAGACUUGGAUAAACACGUGAUUUAA